UCCAAAAAGAGUCAUCAACGGACGUAUUUUGUGUGUAGAAGAAACAAGCGGGUGGAGUCUUUUUCUAUGUUUUCAGCAACAAGUGUCGGAAUAACAUCGUAAUAAGUGCAGUUUAAAGUUAAAAAAUGGGUUGUACGUUCAGUACGCAUGGGGAUAAAGCUGCUCAAGCUCGCUCAAAGAAAAUUGACCGAGAUCUUAGAGCAGAUGGGGAGAGGGCUGCCAGGGAGGUGAAGCUCCUCCUGUUAGGGGCUGGUGAGUCUGGGAAAAGUACCAUUGUAAAACAGAUGAAAAUAAUUCAUGAGUUGGGUUACUCACAAGAGGAAUGUGAGCAGUAUCGGCCAGUUGUUUAUAGUAACACAAUUCAGAGUCUCAUGGCUAUCAUUAGGGCUAUGGGCCAGCUGAAAAUUGAUUUUGCUGACCCAAGUAAAGCAGAAGUUGCCAGGCAGUUUUUCACAUAUGCGAUGUCAGCUGAAGAAGGAGAACUAACCCCAGAACUCGUAAUGCUAAUGAAGCGCCUAUGGCAGGAUCCAGGAGUCCAACUGUGUUUCUCUAGAUCCAGGGAAUACCAGCUCAAUGAUUCAGCUGCUUAUUACUUGAAUGCUCUCGACAGGAUUUCCCAAAAGAAUUAUGUUCCCACCCAACAAGAUGUUUUGCGGACUCGAGUUAAAACUACUGGUAUUGUGGAAACACAUUUUUCAUUUAAGGAUCUACACUUUAAGAUGUUUGAUGUUGGAGGUCAAAGGUCAGAAAGAAAGAAGUGGAUUCAUUGCUUUGAAGGAGUCACAGCGAUUAUCUUUUGUGUUGCUCUUUCUGGUUAUGAUUUGGUCCUUGCAGAAGAUGAAGAAAUGAACAGAAUGGUUGAAUCAAUGAAAUUAUUUGAUUCUAUCUGCAACAGCAAAUGGUUUGUUACAAGCUCCAUAAUUCUGUUCCUUAACAAAAAAGAUCUUUUUGAAGAAAAGAUUCAAAGGAGCCCUUUGACUAUCUGUUUCCCUGAAUAUACCGGUUCUAAUACAUACAAAGAUGCCUCAGAUUAUAUUCAAAAGAAAUUUGAAAAUCUUAACAGAAGGAAGGAUCAGAAGGAGAUUUAUACACAUAUUACAUGUGCAACAGACACAAGCAAUAUUCAGUUUGUUUUUGAUUCAGUUACUGAUGUCAUCAUAAAAAAUAAUCUGAAAGAUUGUGGUCUGCUGAUGUAAGUUAUUUAAAUUUAUCGAUCUAUCGAAUAGUUACUUAAUAUGACGCGUCAAUUUGUUUUAUCACCCUUCAUGAUUUGCUCAAACUUGAAGUUUCUUUAAGGGGGUAAUAAAACUGACCAUAUUUAAACUAUGACUAUUACAAAUAGUAUAUUUUGUCGAAUAUAGAAUAAGAAUUGUGUUGUGCUUAAUAUAAUGUUAUAUUUAUUGUUCUUCAUUGAUAAAAGUAUAUUGCCUCACUCAAGUUUUCCAUUUUGUCAACAAAAAAUAGUACUCUCUGAUCUCUGUUCAGCAUACAAAAUUUGUUAAAGCAAUAUGCUUUUUUGCAAUAUUUAGGUAGGUAAUUUAUAGGACUUACUCUAAGUAUAUAAGUGAUAUUAUCUACUAACCCUAGACAUUACAAAAAUGAAAACCAUUUAAUGGCUCUGACAAUUUGAACCAUACAUGACAAUGUAAAUUAAAUAGUCACCCUUAAAGCAGAUUUAACAAUUUAAGAUCUGCCCUACUAGUUUUU